GGCAACUGGUCUUUCUAUAAAUGCCCACGAAUUGUCGGCUUUUUAAUUUCUUCGUUCAUUCGUUUCUCUCUCUAGAACGUUCUUUCUCUGUCUAAAGCUCUUCUAAUAUGGCAUCUCAAGCCAGCCUGCUCCUUCAAAAACAGCUUAAAGAUCUUUGUAAAAAUCCGGUGGAUGGGUUCUCCGCGGGCUUGGUUGAUGAGAAUAAUAUCUUUGAAUGGAGCGUUACCAUUAUUGGACCGCCUGAUACGCUUUAUGAAGGGGGAUUUUUUAAUGCCAUAAUGAGCUUUCCAUCCAAUUAUCCAAACAGCCCUCCAACUGUGAAGUUUACCUCAGAGAUAUGGCAUCCUAAUGUUUAUCCUGAUGGGCGUGUUUGCAUAUCAAUUCUUCAUCCUCCAGGUGAUGAUCCAAAUGGCUAUGAGCUUGCAAGCGAACGCUGGAUGCCUGUCCAUACAGUUGAAAGUAUAGUGUUGAGUAUCAUAUCAAUGCUUUCUAGUCCUAAUGAUGAAUCUCCAGCAAAUGUUGAAGCUGCAAAGGAAUGGAGAGAAAGGAGAGAGGAGUUCAAGAAAAAAGUUAGCCGCUGCGUGAGAAAAUCACAAGAAAUGUUAUGAUCCUUUACAGGCGUUUCUUUGCUGUUCGUGUGUAUCAAGUGAAUGUCUUAAUUUUAUGGUGGGUUUUUGUGGGGAAGGGGGGAGGGGGAUUGGAUCACUGGGUAAUUUAUCCUUGUAGAACACAAUUGAAUUCUCACUCCUAUCUCUUCAUUCACCUUUUCCUUUGAAUGGUCAUUGUUAUAACUCAAGAACGGUACUGUACUUUAAGACAUUUUGGUUAGUGUUCAUCUCAAGUGUUCUUGUGGGCCAAUAUUUCAUGUUUUAA